AUGGAGUCUAAGUUGAAAGCUCUCAAGGUCGUCGACCUCAAAGACAUCAUCGCAAAAGCCAACCUCUCCAUCCAGGGCAAAGCCAACAAGCAGGACCUCAUCAACAAAAUUAUUGCCUCAGAAGCCGCCAUCGAUGUGUACAAUGCAAAUUAUUCCGCAAAAAAGAGCCCCUCGCCACCCAAGGCCGCGCCUGUGCACAAGAAAACGGACGCGUCGCCGCAGAGCGACGAACAGUUGAAUCUCCUAGAAGUGGUCGACAACGUCCUCCCGGCCGAACAAGCGAACGAGCCUCCUUCGCACGCAGGUGUCCAGUCUGAUGCCAGCGUCACUCUUUCCACAGCGCCCACGCCCCCGUCCAAAACUACCGAGAUCCCCGCCGCCUCCGCCGACACGCCCCAGCCAGAGCCGGCGGCAGCAACGUCGCCCGAAGAUGAGGAGGCGGCAAAACGCAAAGCACGAGCGGAGCGAUUUGGUAUCCCGGUCGUACAGCUUGACGCUAAGCCUGUCUCUCCGAAGGGGAACACGAGGGGGAGAGGUGCUGGCAAAGCUAACGCUAAGGUGGAGCAGCCCCUUCCUGAUGACCCAGAGAAAUUGAGCCAACGGACUGCACGGUUUGGGCCUGUGGAGCCUGCCCCUGCCGCCACCUCUACCGCUACUAGGGCGACACCAAAGACAGGUGCGACCAAAGGCGCCCAGACGAACGGCAGGAAGCGUAGUGCGCCUGCCACAGAGACUGUCGAUGCGGAGGAACUCGAGAGGCGGAAGAAGAGGGCUGAGCGAUUUGGAAUACCCGUUGUCGGCGCUAAGGCGUAG